AAUCAGACUAAAAAAAGAAACACAUGGUCAUACCAGCACAGAGAAGCUAAUACUGAAAGAAACUGUGGUCAAAUAUAUUUGUUCCUCUUUUCUUUUUGUGACUAGAGAGGGAACUCCCUGCUGGCCUGGAUCAGAAGCUAAUGACAUGGGAGACGGUGCAGAAGGAGAACUUCUUGGCAAAACUAGAACGAGAGCUUCGAGAGAGCAGUGCAGAGAGACUUAAAUACACUUCCUCUAAGGUGCAGAGUAUACUGAGUUUGAUUGGGGGUUUUAAAGAGCAAGAAAAACGCAUGGCAACAGUAGAGACUGAGGUGAGGUAUUGCGGGGAGGUGCUGUCCUGGAUUGCAGAGUGUUUCCACAAAAGUACCCUGAAGUGUGACAGAGACGUGCCUAAACCCCCACGGUCCAUCGCUGCAAGCGCCAAAAACCAGCAACCACAGGAAGGCAAGCGACAGCAGCCAUCAGGGCAUUCAUCACAUGGUGCAAACAAGAAAUAGUGAUCUUGCAAUUUUAUUAUAAAAAUGUUUUACAACUGAAUGAGAUAUUAUUGUUAGAUAGAGUGGGUUUUAUGUUGUGAAGGAGCUUUCAUUAAGUGAAGAUUAAAUGAUUUUGCACUGUUUGGCAUUUGGAUGAAUUAAUAAUAAUUACAUCAUUUUCUAAUGUUUUUCUAAUGUGCUUCUUUUUUUUAAACUGUAAAUCACAAUGAAAAACUUUAAAUCAUUAUAUAAAUAAAUAUUUUUAUUUAUAAUGUAAUGCAAUUCAAAUUAAUAUAUUAUUAUUUCGUUUCUAAGUAUGGAAGGUGUAAUAUUAGAUGUUUGUAUUUUUUCCCACUAUUCUAUCAAUUCUUCUCUUUAAUAUAUUCUUUCUAACUUUGAUAGCAUUUUUUCACACAAAAUGAAUGCACCAUGUGAGGAAGUGUGUGGAUGCUAGUCUUUGUGCCCUCACCCAUCACCCUUUAAGUUUCCUCUUUUCAUGUAUGUUUUAAUGUAGGCAUACACCUUUAAUCUAUCACAGUGUAAACUUCACAGUUUUUUGGAGUGUUCACACAGGAAGACACUGAUUAUUCAUUCAUCCAAUGACCGAUACUGUUCACAUAACUAAUGAAUCAGUAACCAGUUGACUAGGCACAUUUACCCAAAAUACAAGAGAGUCGUCAAAGCCAGACUCGAGGGAAACAAGGAAAGUCUGUUUCAGAACUGAGGACAAACAUGUUGUUGUAUUGAAGUGUUGUUUUUAUGAAUGCAGAAGAUCAUCUCCAGAUUAUUUAUUGAAAGGAACUGCUAACGUAAUGUUUAUUUUUGCAUUACUUUGUGAUGGACAAGCUUGGUAUGUAUUUUAUUUGUGGUUUUAUUAAACUUGCCUUUACUUACUGUAAA